GGCCGCUCGCGCCGCUGUUGUUGCCGCCGCCGCGGCAGCCCGGGCAGGGAGCGGCUCCCCGGCCUCGCCAUGGCCACCAGCACCACGGGCUCCACGCUGCUGCAGCCCCUCAGCAACGCCGUACGCCUGCCCGUCGACCAGGUCAACUUUGUAGUGUGCCAACUGUUUGCCUUGCUUGCGGCUGUUUGGUUUCGAACAUACCUUCAUUCAAGCAAAACUAGCCCGUUUAUAAGACAUGUUGUUGCAACACUCUUGGGCCUUUAUCUUGCACUUUUUUGUUUUGGAUGGUAUGCCUUACAUUUUGUUAUACAAAGUGGAAUUUCCUACUAUCUCAUGAUCAUAAUAGGAGUGGAAAAUAUGCACAAGUAUUGCUUUGUUUUCGCUUUAGGAUACCUCACUGUGUGCCAAAUUACGAGGGUCUAUAUCUUUGAUUAUGGACAGUAUUCUGCUGAUUUUUCUGGUCCAAUGAUGAUAAUUACACAGAAGAUCACUAGUUUGGCAUUUGAGAUUCAUGAUGGAAUGUUUCGGAAGAAUGAAGACUUGACUCCAUCACAGAGGUGUUUGGCUGUAAGACGCAUGCCAAGUCUACUGGAGUAUUUAAGUUACAACUGUAAUUUCAUGGGUAUCCUGGCAGGCCCGUUAUGCUCUUACAAAGACUAUAUUACUUUCAUUGAAGGCAGAUCAUACCAACUGCAACAGUCUGAAGCAAAUGGGAAGGAAGAUACAAAGUAUGAACAAACGGAUCCUUCCCCAAAUAUAGCCGUGGCACAGAAACUCUUGAUCUGUGGACUGUCCUUGCUCUUCCACAUGACUAUUACAAAAACUUUGCCUGUGGAAUACAACAUUGAUGAUAACUUCAGAGCUACAGCAUCAUGGCCUGUAAGGUUUUUCUACCUGUAUGUGUCUCUUAUGGCUGCCAGACCCAAGUAUUAUUUUGCAUGGACUUUAGCAGAUGCAAUUAAUAAUGCAGCUGGGUUUGGUUUUAGAGGCUACGAUAAAAAUGGAGUUACACGUUGGGAUCUAAUAUCAAAUCUGAGAAUCCAGCAAAUAGAGUUUUCCACAAGUUUCAAGAUGUUUCUUGAUAACUGGAAUAUCCAAACAGCUCUUUGGCUCAAAAGAGUGUGCUAUGAGCGAGCCACCUUCAGCCCAACGAUCCAAACCUUCAUUCUUUCUGCCAUCUGGCAUGGGGUUUAUCCAGGAUAUUAUUUAACAUUUUUAACAGGAGUACUAAUGACACUAGCAGCACGAGCUAUAAGAAACAAUAUCAGACACUAUUUUGUUCAGUCUCCUGCUGUUAAACUAUGUUAUGAUAUUGUAACAUGGAUGGCAACUCAAGCAGCAAUAAGUUACACAGUCGUGCCAUUUGUACUGCUCUCUGUAAAACCCUCUCUCACCUUUUACAGCUCCUGCUAUUUCUGUCUUCAUAUUGCCAGCAUCCUAGUGUUGUUGGUAUUUCCACUGAAAAGAACUCAAAAAGGAAGUAAAAAGCAUGAAAGUGUCCAGCCUGUGUGGUCCAGAAAGCUAGAAGAAGAAAGUCUUUUGCAAAAGAACAAUUAUUCCACAACAAAUAAUAGUUUCAGUCAGAAACAAGAAAUAACCUGCAGAUAUCAAGCAUUAAAACAGUGAUUGAGGAAGUACUAUGAUGAAUAUAUUUUGUAUGUUUUCAGAAACCCAUUUUUAGCACCUUUUAAAGGGGUUUGUAUUUGUUUGCAAAGAUAUUUAGUAAGAAAAGAAUGCAUUACCUAGGAAAAUCACAUACAAUAGCAAGACUGGAAACAAAACAAAUUAACCCCUCCCAUGCCAUGUCCCUGUGGGUCACGCCUUAUAUGAAGAUAUUACCAUUACUUCAAUGGGCACUCAGGACUUGCAACGUAUGUCCAUAGGGUCAUAUGUGUGCCCUUUGCUGAAUGUACGUUGUGUAUCCCAAGGCACUGAUGGGGUGGAAUAAAAUUGUGUCAGUCUAGGAUUAACAAAUGGAAAUUAAUAUUUCCAACUGAAUGACUUGCCUUAAACCCUCUAUUUACUGAAAUAAUGUUUCUAAGUGGGUAUUUCAAGUUUGAUUUUAUGUGAAAAGUAUUUCAAAUAUAUAACACUAUGUGCUAUAAAGAAGAUAAUGAGAGGAAAUGCAGAGUCACUAGAAGACUUGGGAGUCUUUCAAAGGGAAUUGCAAUAAGCAUCUCAGUAUUUGGAGGGUUUUCUUAUCUCAAACUAUUAGAGUACAUUACAGAACUGUAAACAUUGAUGCCAAAUUAUAGUUAGGUUUCUUUAAUAAAGAGUAUAAUUACUCUGAAUGGAUUAAAAUGGCCCUUCUGAAUGGAUUAAAAACACCUGAGGAUUUACCUUUUCCAUGGUAAGCUGGUAGCUGAUAACUCUAAUGUAGAUUUCUUUUACUUUAAAAGUACCUAAACCCAAUAAUACACUGCCAAGUGGGCAUUGCAGCCAGAGGGGGAAAGACAGCCACAAGGCACAAAAGACAAUGUGCAAGCGCUGGGAUUUCAAUGAAAGUGCAGUUUUGCCCUUAAAUACCAUCAAUACUUGUUCUAGAAUAGAACUGUUUUACAAAAAGCAAUUUUUAAUACUUAAAGUUAUUUUGAAUUUUCAGGCAUCAGUUAGUUCAUGAUGCUUUCAGUAUAAAAUAGCAAAAUUACCUUGAAGCUCCAGCACAUAGGUAGUCAAACACGAAAUGACUAUCACAACCAAUUUCUGUAUGCUUGAUAAUUGAUGAACCUUUAUCCAAAGAAGUGUGUGAAUUUGAGGAAAAGCUUUUUCUUUGAAUUAGAAUUUUAGAUGCAAAUUUCAUGUCAUAUUUCUGGGUAACAUAAUGGAAGAAAGAAAUCCUUCAGAAUAUCUAACUGUCUGAAUUAUGGAAGUGUAAUUCCAUAAAUCAAGGAAACAAUGUAGUGGUUAUAUCUAUUUCCAAUCAUUUAUUGUGAUGAUGGUUAGUGCUAGAGUACUACUGUUAAAGGGCUACGUUUUAAUUGCAUAUAUUCUGUAUUUUCAUAUAAUUUUUUUAAGUAAACUCAAGAUGUUUAUCCAUGUGGGGUUUACUCUUAAUUUUAAACCAGACAUAAAAUAAUACCAGAGAAAAAUAAUGCAGCUGGUUGAUUAAUAACUAACAAAUGAUUGAGAAAAUUUUGUCAUAAUAUUUUGAAACCUGGAAUUUUCAUCAAAUAUCUAGCUCCAGUUGGAUGAGUAUUCUUACUGCCAGAAGUGCAAUCAUGGUCCUCAACUUUGGGGAUAUUGCCACACUAAAAUCAUCACAGUACUCCCUGAAGUACCAGACCCUGAGUUAGGUCAGAGUUGUUUCCCUGCUGUCAUGACUCUCUGGCCCUUGGCUCCUUGCCUAAAACUCCAGGAGGAAGAGAACAUAACUUCCCAUAUAUGUAGGUUAGCACUAAUUAAUCUAUUCAGAAAGGGGGAACUGAAUAUGAAGUGAGAGUGGAUGAGUCUGCUUAGAUGAGGACGGAUGUUCAUUGUUUCAAUGACAGCUGUAUUAUCUUUUAGAUAAAAUAAUCUGACUUGUAAAUCCUUACUUUGGUUGCCCAGGUAGACUUCCCCUUACAUGGGGUUGUGGUUGUCAUACACUUCUUUGACACCACAUUAUGGUUUUCUUUUUGUUAAUAAGGAAGGGUAUCCUAGUUUGUUUGAUCAUCCUUGUUAGAUACAGAAUCAGGAAAGACUUUUUUUGUGUUCUGCACUUGAAGGGACAUUUACAUAAAAGAACAAAUCAGAUUUGCACAUUUCUGAGUGGGUAAGUAGAAAUAGGGUUGAUUCUUUCAGCAUUUGUUACUCUUGAACUUGAAUUCAUCUUAUUGGUGCAGUCUCCAAAUCUAUUUUAAAAAAACACUUUUGGAUUCCAGUACAAUGUGUUCUUUUCCUAUUUAUAUUCUCGUUUUACUCUUGAUUUACUGUUUCGGCAUGAGCGCCCGUGUGUGCUGUGAAGGCUUACUAAUUCUUCUUAAUGAAAUAUGGAAACAGUUGUAAAGGCUCCUAGAAAAUAAGGUUUAGGGUAGUGCAGACUGGUACUUUAAUGUGAGUGAAUUCAGAGGUACAGUUUUGUUCAGAAGUAUGUUGGGAAGUUGAAACAACUAAGAAAAUACAUUCAUACUUCCAUGAGCACAGGUCGCAAAAUACAGGUUUCAAAAUUGGACACAACUGUUUUUCUUCAUGAUUUGAACUCAGUAAUUGCAACACAAGAAAAAUAUUACAAGUAAUUCUGCACAGAAUUUAAGUGUAGUGUCCUAGGAUUUACCCUUUAAAUGCCAUUGUUAAAUAUAAAAGUACUUUGAAUAAAAAUCUUCUCUUCACAAGAAUGAA